CCUGCCCGGAGUACCUUCUUCUUGAUAUCGGGUCCAGCCUCCUCCUGAUCGGUUAUCCGACGAUACAGUGUCGCGUUUCUGGCCCCUACGGUGCCCCAGACCGCGAGACAUCCUCCACGGAUCUCGGGAUUUAGGCGUGACGCGCGCGUUUCGGAUCGAUUGCCGCACGUCGAAAUCGAGAGAAUGGCUGUCUCGGCUGCUUCGAGUCCACGUACGGAGGAAAGGGUAAGCUCUGAGCCCUGAGACAAUUCUUUCUCCGAGUUCCUUGGACGAAGUAGAUCGAACACGGAAUCGAAGCAGUGAUUUGAAAAAGACACGUAGAGGAAUCGAGUCGGGAUGACUGAGGGCUCUGUCGCGAACAUUGACAGAUUAGGAGACAAGUUGGAUCUACUGUGAACGACUUUCGUGGAAAUAUAUGGAGCAGAGGGUUCAAGGACGAUCGAAGAAUUUUGUUUCGAGAAAGAGAAUAUCAGGCUUCCGUUAUUGCGAUUGUUUGGACCAGCCACAGGGAGCAGAGGGAUGACCUAAAGGUUUCUUUCGAUUAACAUUUCUUCCUAGACAUUGACCUGGACAUGGACCGAAGGAUGUGUACCGUAACGACCUGACUUGUAAGUUUGCAAGACAACUGGAUCUGCCGGGUCGAGUCUAGUGACCCUGGAUAUAAGAAAACGAAUAAAUACUAUCUUCCAGAGUCUCUGUCAGACUCUAGAAAUUCCAAAGUCUCCUCUCGAACCCGAGACACAGCUCGAUACAAGAUGCCAAAGUCUACCAACCCACCAAACUUGGUCCUAAACAUUCCAAGCUCAAACUGAAUCAAGCUAAACUCAACUUGGACGAUACAAGAUCUUUAACCAAAAUCUCCGCCAUAGUCUUCGUCGGACAAUCGUCUCCAGGUGGCCUGUUCCAGGCUCGAAUCGUCCAUCUUGAGAGUCCGCCGCCGUUGCCACCGACCGUUUCCCGGAAUAUUCGGGAAAAUUGAUGGGAAUCGGUUAGACUCGUGCAUAGAGGUUUGGAAAUAGAGUGACAAUCGUGACGUUGGCCAUUAAGUACCCAGGUCUCGUUGACGGGACGCGGAAACCGUAUACUUGCGGCCCGCCGGAGGUGCACCGUGAUUAUGCGACAGUUUUGUGAACGUGAUUAAAUUGACCUCGAUACAUUGUGGACAUCCGCGCUUAUCCGGCCAGCGUGCGUUUAUUCCGCGGCUGUUUUGCUCGUUUCGAGCGAAUAACGCGAGACGGGAAUGACGAGCGCGGGAUCGGUGGUAUCCUGACCGAAUCCCGGGACCUCGUCGCCGUUGGCCGAGCAUCCGGGGACGAUCGAUGAUCGGCGUCCAGCUGGCGUUUUGUCGUGGAAAUCGUCGCAGCGACAGCGGCAGGGGCUCUUUGGUGAUGUACGACAGCGCUAGCUGUUCGUACGCAGGUGCGCUCGAAUUAAAGGGAGCCUCAGGAGCUGGAGCCGCGGCCGCUGGUGUAACCGCGGCCGGUGUCAAGCAGGAGAAUUGGCCGUACCGCGGCCUCACCUGCGGCAGCACCUUCCAAAGGCUCAAGGAGAGCGUCGACAAGGCCAAACAGGCGCUCGCCGAUCGCGGUGGCUACCUGUCCGGUGCUUUCUCGCCCCCGCCACGUGCCAACCCGUCCGCCAUUUCGCCCACUGCCUCCAUCACCGAUGCCAGCAGCUCGUACAAAGGGGGCUGGAGCCACGCCACGUCGCCGGCUCCUGGACAGGGUUACGGAAGCAGCUUAUCCAAGUCAGCACUGGACACGCACACCCACCUCCGGCAGCCUGAUCCGUACCAAAUGUUCGGAGCGACGAGCAGUCGCCUCGCGAGUUCCGGUUCCGGUCAGAUCCAGCUCUGGCAAUUCUUGCUCGAGCUACUGUCAGACUCGAGCAACGCGGCUUGCAUUACGUGGGAAGGAACCAACGGCGAAUUCAAGUUGACUGACCCAGACGAGGUGGCGAGACGCUGGGGCGAAAGGAAGUCCAAGCCUAACAUGAAUUAUGACAAAUUGUCGAGGGCUUUGAGGUACUACUACGACAAGAACAUCAUGACGAAGGUCCACGGGAAGAGGUACGCGUACAAGUUCGACUUCCAGGGCCUGGCGGCGGCGACUCAGCCGGCCGCUGCGGACCCGGCCGCGUACAAAUACCAGAGCGAGCUGUUCAUGUCCGGUUAUGGACACGCCAAGCUGAACCUGAUGCCGCCGCCGGCCGCCUCCGUGUCCGUCUCCGUUCCAGGUGGCCUCUUCCAAUCGGCGUCCAGCUACUGGUCCACGAGUCCCGGUGCCAACCUGUACGCGGGCCACCACACGGCCUCGGGCCACGUGCCGCCUCAUCUAGGCACCUAUCCGCACUACGCAUGACCCACCGCCGAGCACUGGGGCGCGCUGGGUACGCCACGUUAACGAGUUUCUACCGAGAGAAUUAAAAGACCGCCGUCAACACCGGUCAACGUGUACCGUCGGCCUGGCCAGCUUUAGAACCGUCCGCCGCUCGACAUCGGUCCCGCGUCUCUAGCUUCCUUGCGCUCUCCUCGAUACGUCCACUCGCGAUUUUUCAUCUUGACGAGGAUAGAUCUUCCGAGCGGUUUUUGUAUCGGUGAAGUAGGUGUACUUGACGAGGCCUCUGCUUGAGAGCCUGAAAUUGUUUGGAGGAGGGUGAAAAUUAACUUGUUAGUUGAGCUCCUACUUCAUAGGCUGGCUAGUUCGUUGGGUUUAGAUAUUUUUGAACCUGACGAGAUCAGAUCUUCUGUGCUCAGUGGUUUUUGUAUCGGUGAAUUGAAGUAGGAGAACUGGAUGUGGCCUCUAUUUGAGAGCUUCGAAUUGUUUCGAAGAGGGUGAAAAUUAACUUGUUGGUUGACCUCUCACUUUCUAGCCUGGUUAUCUUUGUCAAGUUUAGUACACUAGUCUCGAAGAUGGACGAAGAGAAAAUGAAAUUCUCGUUAGGUUUAGAUACUACGGUUUUGGUUCUGCUAUUUUUUGAUUAUUUCCUAUAGAAGAUUCGCUUGCGCCGUACUAUACUGCUCCCAAAAAUUAGAAUCUUGAAUUACCCUAAGCAAACUUCGCGACAAUUGCAUUCGAACGCUUCCAUGAACCUGGUUCUACGGAUUUCUUGACAUUCUUCGAAGAAACACAGUUUUCCGUUCCGUGAUAAAUCUUUAAGGGAAAUUUAUUCGCGAAGGUCUCGAUAAUCCUCGAAAGUAAUUCCAAUCAUCACUCCUCUAGACUCUGCACUAUGCUUUCAAACAUAAACACCUAUACCUUGAGAUUUAUUUCCCAAUUUAUUCUCUAAUUUCUAAAUCCAAUCGCGUUACGAGUCGGAAUGAGACGGAGAGCGAUUCGAAAGCUGAAAGCAUUCCUCUACUUCUGAUACCAGCGUCAGGCUACGAAGCCGCGAGUGGGCAGACUUAAUUCUAGAAUCGAUCAGCGCCAACGCACGGAUCGUUCGAUCCAUUUUCUGGCAGCAAAGCAGCGACCGACGUGGAUCGUCGACGCGAAGCGAUCGUUCGAAAAGCUCUCGUUCACGGCCGACGGUGCGCUCGAAUUACUGUAAGAACAUUGUACAUACAAUAUAAUGGAUUACGUAAGUACAGGGUUGCACGUUCGCAUGACGAUUCUCGUCGGCAGGUUUCGUCCAGUUGAAAUCAACCAACGUUGCGCAAUCACGAAAUCCGAGCGGAGACGUUUCUGCGAAUUAUUCACUUAAGAAAGAUACAGAUGCAUCGAUCGAAAGAAAAACUCGUGAUUUUUCUACCAUUGGACAAGAAGAAGUCGGAUCAGAGACUCGGAAUUUCUCGAAAUUCUUACGACGCUGUAUCCUCUCUUAUCGGAACAUUCUAAUUUCUCGAAAUCGCUGACAAAAAAAAUAUCGAUGUUUCUUAUCCCGCGCGCGACGUCACCCGAUUGCAGCUCGUUCGCUCGUAACACCGCGAUAAACCGCGUGUCGAGAAUCAUCCUGUCCAAAAGAACGUCGCCUUGGACGGGAGAAUAACAAGCCGGCGUACUUCCGCAGAGAAACGUCGGCAUUUCCGACUGGAUGGAAUCGAACAUGCACAUUUUGAAGGGAGCGUCCUUUAGCACCACGGCGACGAAGCGAUUUCACGUCGUUCGUCGAACCAUCGUCGAACAAACAGGACGGAAUCGAAGAUAUCGAUCCGGUAUCGAAACAAGGACCGCGAAAGAACUCGAACCACCGAUUUUCCUUUCUCCAACCAACGGUCCAACGUCUCUCGAAGCUCAAUUUUUCAAGUAAAUCCCCACUCUAGGUUCGAUACAUAACGCUUCCCAUUCGAUGAAAUUGUAACACUUGGCGCCGAAAGCAUUGCGAAUAAAGCGUUAUUCGUUGAUAUCCUUUAUUCGUACGACACGUGAGGUUCCGUGUCUCGGCCGAUCGCACACGGCGCAACCGAUUUGAAAUUAGCGUUGCAAACCGUUUACGCUCUUUGUUUUACCUACCGAAGAAUUGGAUCCGCGGUCACGCGCAAGUAGUUUCGGAGUGGUUCGAAACUGAUCGGUUGUGCCGCGUACGAUCGGUCUUAUCCAACGAGCUUCACAUUUCAGAAUUCAGAAAAUAUAUCAGCUAUCCUUUUCCAUUGGUUCCGGUACCACAGAAAUUUUCUACGCCAUUUUUGAAGGAAGAGCGCCGCGACCAAAACUAGCUACCAGUAGUUAUCGAGACAAAAUUUCGAAACCUGGUGGUUUCGGAGUGGUUCGAAACUGGUUCGGUUGCGCCGUGUGCGAUCGACCUAAGACUUCAUUUUGGAAAGCGGUGGUUUAAUCGACGAGUUCGAGACGACACGGGACGCUCCGUCGCUGUGUAAUCUCGAUCGAUGAGAAAACGCUACGAGAAUGUGAGCCAUGUUCGAUUGUGGGCCAAGUGUAAUGCGUGUAUUAUAAACUCUUUUAACUUAUUUGUUACAUGACGAAGUGUAGAUAGAGGAACCGCAUAUCGCCGUUCGCGAGUCAUUCGAGGGAGCCAGAGAGAUGAGCAGGAUUUCAUUGGAACGGUAAAACGACGAAUAAAAGUUCCGCACGGUGUUGUUAUUCGAACGGUAGGAUAACGAAUAAAAAUUCUGUGCAACGUUUUACUCGAUCGAGUACUCGUUCGGAUCAAUCUUUCGUUCGUUCAACGGGAAUUUUCAUUUUAUCCGAUCGUGUUUAUCGUUUACCUUUCGCUCGCACGACGUUUUUUAGCUAUCGCCCGAUGGUAAUUUCGCAACGAGUGCGACGUUUGUUCAGUUGCAGAAAGAGCAACCAACGAAAUUUAAACGAGAAAAAGGUUAUCGAUUAUCUCGCAGUCAGUAAGCGUGAAAAAGUACAACGUCGAGUCAUAUCAAAAACCGAGGGUAAAAUCCACAGCCAGCGUUCACCGUUGUUGUUUAUUCGCCAAUCAGACGCGAGAGAUGCGGUGGCUCUAUCUAUAUAUGAACGGUGGAGUAGGUCCCCGAGAGAUUAUAUACAGACAGCGAUGGGCUAAACCCUAGGCUUCGAAUAAAUUCGAAGUUCGCGCAUUCCGAACAAGUUGAACGAGUUUGAACAUUUCCCAAAGAAGGAAACGAGACAAACACGUCGGCAAACUUGAAAUUUAUUCGAAGCCUAGGGUUCCUGCGACUCCUCUGCUCUGUCUGUGUAAUCUCUUCGCUCGCGGCGCAACGAGCACAAUCGCGAAGAGGUUGCUCCCGAGCCAACGAAAUUGGCUCCAAUGAGCCAAGUGGCAAACUCUUCGCUCGCGAGUACUACCCGUCGGCGAUCUACCCCAACCGAGUAAGGUGUACCUCUGUCGAAGAAGCGUAACUCCUUAAGCCGUAUACUGUAUCAUACCAUUCGUAAGACGUAAGCAUCCCUAGAAUUACUCUGACGAUUAGCGUACCUACCCCGUCGAACGUUCCGUGGAACCAACCGUCGACUGUCGUUCACCUGGACAGGUAAUAUCUACGACGGGCCGUCCCGAAUCUUCCGUUACAUUUCUCGUUACAUUUCUCGAGUUACAUUUCUUCGGUUACAUUUGUACACGCGAAAAUGGAUCGACCCUUUAGCCUGUAACAACGUGCGGUAGUGAUUAAUUCGAUUCAACGGGUUAAUUUCAUUCUCCACCAACGAUUCAGAAUUCAUUCGUUUCUAAUCAAACAAAUCGUCUAUCGCAUCCUCGCCCACGACGAAAUUAUCGUUUACGCUUUCUUGAAAGCAAGCUGAAUUAGUCUCGCGCAUUUAAUCGCGCAUUCAAUCGCGCAUUUAAUCGAGCAACCAUAAAGGGUGAAAACGGAGAUAUCCGUUACCUGAAAUACCGACUGGACUCGAAGUCAGCGACGGUCGAAACGCUAGGCUCCCUGAAUCGGAAAUUUGCCGAUACGUUUGUCCCGUUUCCUUCGAACAUUUUCCAAAGAGGACGAACGUAUCGGCGAACAUAUUGGGUACCGGGUUCUUUCGAAGCCCUACGGUUUCGGUCAUCGCUGACACGAGGCGACCGACGGACGAUAUCGUCGACGAUAGACCGCGUCCGAACCUGACUUUUCCGUGCUGGUUCUACGGAACGUCGACGGGCUGCGAUGUAGAUAGGGUGUUUUCAUGUGUAGCGUAGGCGUGUAGAGGACGUAGUCUUAGCGCGAGAAUGUAACUUCCGUGUGGGUGUGUACGCGUGUAUGAACGUGUACGCGUGCGUGAACGUGUACGCGUGUGGGAACGUGCGUGCGCGAGUGAAACGAAUUGCGCGCGAUAGCCUGCGACCGGCCAGGAGAGCGGGCAAUGAGUUCUCCAACUGGGAAGGGUGUGCACCGAAUGAUAACGAUGACGACGAUGACGGAUGAAAGAGUGCGAGAGAGAGAGAGAGAGAGAGAGAGAGAGAGAGAGAGAGAGAGAGAGAACACAGACGUCGGGGUGUCUGGCACUAGGAUAGACCGCGUUAGGCUAGGUAGAUAAGCGACCCCUUCGAGAGAAGAAGGCGAGUGCUCGGUCGGUUAGGUCGCGAGACGCCCGAUCCCGAGGAAGACGCCGCCAUAAGAUGCCGGGUAAUAUUUAAAUGCCAGUGGCUAGAGGGAUCAGAGGAGAGAAGACCGUUGUUGGCGUGGACCUGGUGAAGAGACGCGACAGAAACUUGAUGGGUGGGA